AUGGCCCUGACCUUCUCCGACAUUGCGCCCAUCCAGCCUCUCACUACGCACACCUAUUCCACCAUCAUCGAAGAUUCCUGGAACAUCGGCUCCGUGCCCCAUGGCGGUUACACCACCUCCAUCUUCCUCGUCGUCGCGCGUAAACACAUGACCCUGAACCACCCCUCCCGCAACCAAUCACACCCGAUAAACCUACACCUCGAAUUUCUGCGGCGCACCUCUGCCUCCACCAACACGGACAGCACACCCGCAACAUUCACGGUCCGAGAUCUCAAACUCGGCUCGCGCGUCAGCAAUCUCCACAUUACGCUCUCCCAACCCAACGGGCCGAAUCAUGCCCUCCGAGAUAAUGUAGAGGGAUACAUAAUUAUGUCCAAUCUCCACACCGAGCGCGGCCUCACCCUCCCUACCUCCUUCACCCUGCACCCCACCCCUCCAUCACGACCCAGCAAUUUCUCCGCCCUCGAAUCCAAUUCCGGCGACGAAAACUGGAUCCUGUACCCGCCGAGCGCGAUCCCCGCCUUCCGCAAAGCCGCCCAGCACAUCCGAAUCUAUCUCCCGCGCCCAGAGAUCCAGCCCAGAAGCAGCGCCGGCACAGCGAAGAACCACCUCGACCAAUGGGUGCGCUUCCACCCGGAAGGACGCCCGGGAAGCUGGACGAACGACUCCCUGGGUUUCGUCGUGGACAUGUUCCCGCCGAUCGUGGCGGAGUUGUUCCUCCUAGAUGAAGCCGACGCGGCUGAUGCUCCUUCCCUUCAGAUUAAGGGUAAGGUGGGAACGCGGCGGCGGCCGAGAGCACGCUUCUGGUACCCGACCCUCUCCCUGAACCUGGAGGUCAAGAAAGCUCUACCCGAACCAGACGGGGUGGAGUGGUUGUUCGUGCGUGUCAGCGCCACGGUGAUUCGGAAUGGAAGGAUGGAUCUGCAGGUCUUGGUGCUGGAUGCCGAGGCGGAGGUGGUGGCGAUCAGUUCGCAUGUCGCCUUGAUGAUGGGCACGGAGAGGAAUCUGGCGGGGAGGACGAGUAGGAUAUGA